AAGCUUCACUGCAAUCAAUAUAAACACAUCUCGGAUACCCGUCCAACUCUCUCCUGCCUUUUCUCUCCAACAACUCGGAACCCAUCCUACCAUACUAUCUCGAAGAUAAGACCAUCUCUGUGCGCCCAACUCGAGCACUGACUUGCCAAGUCCCCGCCGCUAUUACAUCAACAACUUCUAAACACCCACCACACAAUCACAACCACCACAAUGGAGCCCCAACAACAAGAAGUGACCAGCGAGCAGCAGCUCCAGCAGUCCCCAGAUCUCCGCCCUGCUUCUCUCUCCCGCUCCUCUACCGGCCGCUCCUCGAGGCAUGGCUCGUCUCUCAGCCUCGAUCUCUCCAACCUUCCUCCCCUCAGCCAGCCCACGCCGCCUUCCAACACGCUAAUCUUUACAAACAUCAACUCGCUCGACGUCUUCUCCGCCGACAACCUCCAGACCAUCCGCGAUCUCAUCAGCCAAACGGCACCCAUCUUCGCCUGGUCGCCACUCAAGUCUUUCCGCCGCAUCAUCGUCACCUUCUUCGACGAGCAAGCCGCCAUCGCCGUCCGCUCCGUCUGGGACGGUGAGGCCAUCCUCGGCGAGCGCUGCCGCGUCUACUUUGGCCAGCCCACCCCCAUCGACGUAUCCGCCGCCGACAAGCACUUGGCCCUGCCCGACGCCGGCAAGCUCUUCUUCAUCAGCCCGCCCCCGAGCCCUCCCCACGACUGGGAGCAGCGCAUGGAGGAUGCCCCCAACACCAUGGUGCACGCCGAGGAUCUCGCCGAGGCGCUCGCCAAGCUGAGGCACCACAACAACCCCAACGGCAUUGACGCCGAUGUCAAGGUCCCCGUUUCCCCGGCUUCCGAUGGCGGCAGCAGCAGGCCCGGUGCCGGUGCCGGUGGUGACUUCAAGGAGAACGCGAGGAAGAACAGGAGUCGCAGCUCGACGCUCAUCUUCCAGCCUGACAAGAAUGUCAAGACUAGCAAUGGCAAGGCCGGCCCGGCGGUCGACUUGCCUUGUGUCACUGUUGACGACAUGACGGACGAGGCGGAUGCCGAUGGCGAUAUCGAUAUGAGCCCCGUGUCGGAAUCUCCCAGGACGAAGCCCAUCUUUGCCCAUACCGCGAGGCCGCCUGUCGAGUUGAUGCACGAUGCUUGAGCGACGAACGAGCGAGCGACUCUUUUCUUUUCUUAACUCUCUUUUUCCACGACUCUAAUAUCAUAUUCUAUCAAUUGUUCUCACGCAAGGAAAGGAUCAAUCACAUAAUCGGAUGUCAAGGUUGGCGGGCAUGGGCGUUUAGGUGUUGGUGUUCCCGGAUUACUGGACGAGCAACAUAUUUUCCACCAUUACCAGCAUUAGCACAAACUGGAUGGGUAGAGGAAAGCAAGUCAUGGGCAUCGUCAAAGCAUGUUUGCAUAUUUGUUCGGGGUAAACAAAAACUGGGUUUGCAAUAUUUAUUCAGUCAGUCUGGAGCAUAGGCUCAUGGAUAGAGAGCAUAUGAUAGUAUACAAAUAAAGUAGUGUAUAUCAACUCUAGCAUGCAAAUAUCUAUGUUGUUUUGAUAGUGACAU